AUGCUACCCUGGCAACUGCCCACCCUGAUCGACGGAAUCAUGAAAUUGGCCAACCCUGUUAACACACCAGCCCCUAUGCUCUCGCCAGCUUUCCCUACCUGCGAGCAGUUCCUCCAGGCUUUUGGUGGGGACGACUGCGACUCCCUGGCCUCCAAGGCAGGCCUGCCUCUCCAGGAUUUCCUCACCCUGAACCCAGGUCUGCAAAACGGUCAAGGCUGCCACACUGGGAAUAUCAACGCCGGCUACUUCUACUGCACCAAGGCCUUGCCUGAACCCGAGCAGAAGAAUCGUCCCGAAGCUCCCGAGAAGACCGAAGCUCCCGAGAAGACCGAAGCUCCCGAGAAGACCGAAGCUCCCGAGAAGACCGAAGCUCCAGAGGGGACCCAGGCCCCCGAGAAGGAGACGAUCACGGAGACGAAGAAGAAGAUGAUCAGGCCGGAGCUCACAUCUGAUAGCCAUUGUGAUUUUGGCGACUGCUGGAAGUCUUGGGUCAAGCUGAGCACGGACUCUGGCGAAGACGACAUAUUCAAACGUGCAUCGCGGUCCUGCGAGUCGCUCGCCACGACGUCGUGUACGUCUCUUGCGCGCAUGGACUUCCCCGAUAUGAUCAAGGAGGGCUGCGACAAUUGUGCCGAGUUGCAGAGCGGUUGCUCGUGCUUCAGAGAGGGAAAGUACCAUACCGCUACCGUGGCUUACGUAGUUGGCGGUUACUGA